AUGGUUUUAAGGAUUUCUUUCUUGAUUUAUCUUCUACCCAUGUUUGGAAAGGCUGUGUUCAAAAAAGGUGUCAAAUGUGGAGGUAUCCUUUCUGCGAACUCUGGCAAUAUAUCCAGCCCAAAUUUCCCAGGCCUGUAUCCAUACAACAUUGAGUGUGCCUGGCUGAUUGUGGUGGCUGAGGGGUCAUCUGUUCUCCUCACCUUUCAUCACUUUGAGUUGGAGUACCACGCUGACUGUGCCUACGACUACAUUAAGAUCUACAACGGCAUCUCAGAGGAUGAAGGUAACCUCCUGGGAAAGUUCUGCGGUGAUGUGUCCCCUCCCCAGUUCAGCUCCUCCUGGAACGUCAUGUCCGUUAUCUUUCAUUCUGACCGGCACGUGGCCAACAGAGGCUUCUCAGCUGGUUACAGGAAAGAUAUGUGUGGUGGAGUCUUGACUGGUCUCUCAGGCAUCAUCUCCAGUCCUGGUUACCCAGUGGAGUACAACAACAAUGCUGACUGCUCAUGGACCGUGCAUGUGUCCAAUUGUAGUGUGGUCAGCUUGGUUUUUUUGGACUUCCAGUUGGAAAACAAUGAGGGGUGCAACUUUGACUAUGUAGCCUUGUUUGAUGGGCCCACCGUUCAACACGCUCACCUUGGGAACUACUGUGGCAGUGAACGGCCCCCAAACGUAAUCACUACCUCAAACCAACUGCUGGUGGUUUUCAGGUCUGACUUCAACAUUGGUGGAAGAGGUUUCAAAGCAUAUUAUUACUCAGGGGAAUGUCAGCAGGUCUUCACAGCUGUCAGUGGGAACUUCACAAGUCCACACUAUCCACAUGUCUAUCCCAACAACAUCAACUGUCACUGGACUAUCACUCUGGCUGCUGGAUACAGAAUCAAGCUCUUCUUUCCAGUCAUGGAGCUGGAGGAUCAGAACAGCCUGACGGACAUGUGUGAUUACGAUUCCGUGGCAGUGUAUGAUGGAAGCAGUGAAUCGGACCCCUUGCUGGGACGCUGGUGUGGUUCAGAACAGCCUCCUUCUUUGACAUCCAAAGGAAACAAACUCUUGGUAGUCCUCAGCACAGAUCGAAAUUUUGCCUUCAAGGGCUUCUACGCCUCCUAUAUAGGAGUGGUGCCAGUCAAUGUAAGCUGUACCAGGACUGAGUUUCAGAUUCAGAUCUCCAAACACUCUUUGCCACAGCUGGAACGUGAAAGCGUUUACCUGGGGAACCCAUCCUGCUCUGCCCAGCUGACAGCAACGGCGUAUAAAAUACUGGCGCGUUUUGUGAACUGUGGCACUGCUGGUCAGAAGCGUCAGAAUAUCACAAUGCUGGUAAACACUCUAUACAUCGACUUCUCCGACGGAAAGCAGCAGAACGUCCAGGAGUACGAGGUCCAGUGCGAUGCUCAGAGGAAGGUUGCCACGGUUGACAUCAUCUCUGUGGAGGAGCGUCAGAGGCUUAACGAGCUGGCCAAACGAGCUGAGGAGUCCAGCCAAUCAGAGAGCCAAGAAGAGGAAAGCGAGCCUCAUGAGACUGCUGACAUUGUCUUCAUUAGCAUCUGUGUUCUGGCCGUUAUCCUAAUGCUGAUUGCCAUUGUUUGGUUGGUGUUGCUGUAG